GGCGUAAAAAUAUAGCCCAUAUUAACGUUACGGUCUAUGAUACAUUGAAUAUAAACAGCACGUUGCCAUUUUCAAAUGGCAGUCUAAAUUUGUCUUCGAAGUCAUCGCAGUUCACCUACUGAAAUUCUACUCCUUACCUUACCAAUACUUCAAAUGGAUCAAGUUAGUUUUCGCGAAUAAAACUAUAAGAGAAUUGGAAAAAAACACAUUUUUCAUUAUCAGUUGCGUGUUUCAGAAUUUUAUGAAAAUGUUUCAAAUCAUAUGUGCAGUGCUCGCUUUCCUCGUUACAAUUAUUAACGCGUUACCUCAAGAUGAUCUUGAUUAUUACGUACCUCCUAAAUACAAAUUCGAUUACGCUGUUCGUGAUCCCGAAUCUGGGGACGUCAAAAGUCAUUGGGAAUCCAGAGAUGGUGACGCUGUAAUUGGCGCGUACACGGUUCACGAUCCAGAUGGAAUUAUCAGAGUAGUGGAGUACACCGCUGAUCCAGAUAAUGGUUUUAAUGCUCACGUUAGCAAACAAGAAGGCGGAUACGAACCGUCGUAUAAUUCGUUUUAAUUAUUUAUAUCGCUGCUCGGUGCUUUUCCUAUUGUUUCAAAAAUGUGAGAGCUUAAUCGUCGAGAUGGUUUUUCAAAUUUGAUACGAUUUUGGCACCUAUGGAGGUAGGCAUUUCUCCGUUUUAAUUCGGAAUAUCGAAAAUGGGUAAGCUCGUACUUCGAUACCUAUUUUAAUAACUUUGAUUUAUAAUUCGAUGUUUCUACUUUCAUCAUUUGUAUGUACCUAGUACCUACGUAUACGGAAUUGUUCAAAUCUGCGAGCUUUUUGAUUCGCUCGAUUUGUUACUUCUGAAUUUAUAGGUAUUUCGUAGGUGUGCGAGUAUUUAAGCUUACCUACCUGUAUAACGUGUAUACUUAUAAAUUUGUCUUAUAAAAGUCCAUUUUCCUAUGUAAUCUCAUGAGUAGGCAAAAUUUCCUACAGUGUUUCGUUGUAUUUCGUUAUUAUUUAAAGUUAUUUUUCUAUGUACCUACUGUAAAUGAAACUUUCAUGUGAUUUUAUAUAAAUAGGCUCAGACAUGAUUGAAAAUUUUGUGGUUAUAAAGUUCGCACAAUUUUGUAAUUUUACUUCACAAAUUUGACACAUUUUUCAAUACGAAUAUUUUCACAAAAAAUGUGCGAAUCGAGUAUUUACUUUCUAUUUAAUUUAUUUUUGUACUUCUACUCGUGCAUAAGUAGGUACCGAUACCUAUCAUAAGUUAUUUUGUGUUUUGUUUAAAUUUUUGGUUCUCAUUUCAUUUAUUAUACUUGUA